AUGGCUCGAUGGGCUGUAUUUCGUGCCGCUUGUCUUCUGGCUACUUUGGCUGCCUUUGUGGCUGCAAAUCCUGUGUUAAUAACGCGUAAGACACCCAAACAUUCGAUACAAAUCCUUUAUGGGAAACUUGCACACCAAGACCCAAACGAUUCAAAUAAAAAAGCCUACUGGUAUGUAUGGUCAGUAUGGGUUGGUCCACAAGGUGUUGCAGUAGACCCCUGCAAACCAGGACCAUUCUCAUUCAGUCGCACAGCAAACGCAGAGGGAUAUGCCAUAGAUGGUGGCAAGAUUCUGUAUCGCGAAAUCACAGACCCACGAUACCCAAAUGAAGGGUCCUGGCCGGUGGUGGCAUAUCCCGAGUAUAGUGACCCGAAGGAUGAUCCUAAUUGCGUAAUUAAGGGUAAAGGCGAAAAGGGUCCUGCAGUACUUGAGUGUGGCGAGACCAAGAUUGAAUUUCAUAAGGAUGCGCAAUUUGAUGACCAACUCAUGAAAUGUGGCGAUGAUGAGUACCAUAGGGCAUGGACUGUGGAGUAUUAA